AUGUUCCACUCUCCUAUUGUGCCUCGUGUGAGGAAGAGGAAGAGGUCGAAGUCACCAGAAGCCAGUAUUAGCAGGCAUGAAGGGGUGAAGUUUGAGGAUGUCAGAGUGCAUCUGUUGGAGAGGAAAAUGGGCAGCAGCAGGAGACGCUUUCUGACCCAUCUGGCCAGGUCGAAGGGCUUUAUCGUAGAAGACACUCUCAGUGAUGCUGUCACUCAUGUGGUGUCUGAGGAAAGCCAGGCUUCAUCUCUUUGGAAGUGGCUAAAGGGAUGCGGCCUGAAAAAUCUUCCCAUGAUGCACAUAUUGAACAUCAUCUGGUUCACUGACAGUAUGAGAGAGGGAAGACCUGUUGCCGUGGAGACCAGACACCUCAUUCAGGAUACCUUGCCCACAAUGGCAGAGGCUACUACACCCACCCCAGUGGCCACUGUUUCUCAAUACGCCUGCCAGAGACAGACCACCACAGAGAACAACAACAAGAUUUUCACAGAUGCAUUCGAAGUACUGGCAGAGAGCUAUGAAUUCAAUGAGAUGGAAGGUCCGUGCCUGGCCUUCAGGAGGGCUGCAUCUGUCCUGAAGAGUCUGCCUUGGGCGGUGCAGUGUCUGGGGGCCACAGAGGACCUGCCCUGCCUGGGGGAACACUCCAAGGCUGUCAUGGAGGAGAUCCUUCAAUAUGGCCGUUCGUUUGAAGUUGAGAAAAUACUCUCAGAUGAAAGGUAUCAAACACUGAAGCUGUUCACAAGUGUGUUUGGGGUUGGACCUAAGACAGGAGAGAAGUGGUACCGCAGAGGGCUACGCUCAUUCAGCGACAUUCUGGCAGAACCCAGCAUUCAUCUCAACCGGAUGCAACAAAGUGGUUUCCUGCAUUAUGGAGACAUCUCUAGGGCUGUCAGUAAGGCGGAGGCCCAAGCCCUGGGGAACAUUAUUGACGAAGCUGUCCAUGUGAUCACAACGGACGCCAUACUGGCACUGACAGGUGGCUUUCGCAGGGGGAAAGAGUUUGGUCAUGAUGUCGACUUUAUUGUGACCACACCAGAGCUGGGGAAGGAGGGGCAUCUACUCACCAGCCUAAUUGAUCAACUGGAACAAGAAGGCAUUCUUCUCUUCUGUGAACACCAGGCCUCCACCUUUGAUAUGUCAAAGCUUCCCAGCCACAGGUUUGAAGCCAUGGAUCACUUUGCAAAGUGCUUCCUGAUCCUGCGGCUGGAGAACAGCCAAGUGGUGGGAGGUCUGCACGAUGCCGAGGAGGGCGGCCGGAGCUGGAGGGCUGUACGAGUGGACUUGGUGUCGCCACCUAUAGACCGUUAUGCCUUUGCUCUCCUUGGCUGGACUGGCUCCAGGCAGUUUGAGAGAGACCUAAGGAGGUUUGCUCGGAUGGAGCGGCGAAUGCUUCUGGACAACCAUGCCUUGUUUGACAAGACCAAGAAAGAGUUCCUGGCAGCUACGACUGAAAAGGACAUCUUUGCCCAUCUGGGUCUCGAGUACAUCGAGCCUUGGCAGAGAAAUGCGUAGGCUUCCUCCCUGACUGGAUGAUACCCUGUGCGUACAUCAGUGUUUAUCCCAUCUGCUUGUCGGUCUGUGGCUCUCCUGCGAUUCACUUUCAAGCAGUUUUUGAUUUCCAUAGACUUUUGUGUUGUUGUUGUUGCCAAUAUUGUUGUUGUUGUUGUUGUCUGGAUUAUAUGCUGAUGUAUGAUUCAUAAUUCUGCUUAUUCACUAUUGUUUACUAGCCAAAAAAACAUUCUCUUUUGCCAUUCACUGCUUGCCCGUCUCUAAGUGUUGUAAUCACAGGCAGGACAAAAAGACAAAUCAGUCAGAGUAUGAAUCACCUAGGGUGCCUGUGAGGUGUGGCUGACAGGGAGUCUGAAAGAACCACAGCGGUAAGAGGGUGACCACUGAGAGAGAGGCAGAAGACAGGAAGCGCUGAGAAAAGUGAAGGGGAAGGGGGGCUUUUUUGUUGAGCAAAAUGUUGUAAUCACCCUCCUCCUGGCAGGAAAGUGCUCAGUGUGAAGCUGAGCCAGGUCUCUGUGGAAUUGAGAGGCGGGUAAUGAGCUUCAGAUAAAGGAGCGUUCCGUGUCGCAAUUUAGCCUCCAUUUAAGUCCGUGUCCACUGGAGAUCAUUUAGCUGGCAUUCCUCAAUCCAGAGACCCAUAGUCUCCGCUCUUCGUUCCACAAUCAAUCCCCUUUCCCAGAUGCUCGGCUCAAAUUAGAGGCAAUCAGCUGCGCCGGGAAUCACGAAGAAUUCACACGGAAGGUAAACGAGUCCAUUAACCACACGGAUAGAUCUUGGCAUUCAAAGCAGCUCCGGCUCCGGUGCAUCCAUUGCCUUAUUGCUUUGACUUUGCUUAUGUUUUAUGUAUGACAGUGGUUUAUCAAGAUCUGUGUCCUUAUUUUUCUGGACAAUGAUCCACUAAUGAAGGAACUUUAUUGAUCCCUGUGGACAAUUUGUGUGAGCCUGAUUUGCUCCUCGAGUGAUGACACAACCUGGCCUGCUGUCCACAACACAGCCCACUUCCCAUGACGCUCAGCCCCCGCUUUAUCCCAUGGUGCGUCAAUGAGAGCAGAGACAGACGAGGGCACCGCAUUCUAGUGAAUCACCCUAUUUAAAGAUCUUUAAGUAGAACAGUCCAGCACUUUGAGGACUCGACCUGGGCCUCCUCCUCUCCCACCUCCUUCUUCGCUCUCCCUCUUGCUCUCUGUAUUUUUUUCCUAUCCUGCUGUGCUGCUCUUUCAACCUCGCUGACACAAAACAAACUUUAAAGCUUCUGCUUUGCGAUAACCAGACGGAGCAACCUCCAGCACCCUGCUUUCCUGGGCUCUCUAAUGUUUUCACUUUAAAACGGGAGAAGGGUUUUUUUUUCAUCUUCAUUUCAUUCCACCAAAUCUAAGAGAUUUCUCCAGAGUAAAAUAAAAUCUGUCUGACGUCAAUAA